GCAAUACAUACGAAUCUUUCGUUGAGCUGCCCUUUGUUUCUUUGCCUCUUUUCACCUGUACAUACAAUCAGUAACCUCUCACCUUCUUUUUUUCCCUUUACUUUUCCUCCCUCUAGUCCUGGUAAAGCAAUGUCUAUUAUCUGUUGACACGAUCUCCAUCCUCCUUCGCACCUCCGAAAUGCCAACGGUCCAACGUAACGGGCGCGCAGCAGCCGCACCACCAGAAACAAAGUCCUCUCCUCCCUCGCGCAUCGACUCUUCCUUCGCAAUGCCCACGACAAGAGAACGUCCCUCCACGUACCUCCUCCUGGUCUAUCCAUUGAUCCUUGCUCUCGGGUCCGCCUAUUCCAUCCUGUCGCCGAUCGCGUCUGGUCCCCCCGUGGCUCCAUUGGCACCGGGUGUGACUGCGGAUGUCCACGCACCCUCGAUACCGAAUCAAAACUAUUUCUCCGGUAAAGGCAACAUCUUCAACAUCUACUUUGUGAAAAGGGGCUGGUUUUGGACGUCCCUGGCUUUGCUGCUCUUACAACUCACCACCCGACCGGCCCCAACCCUCCGAGGCAAGCAUUACGCCCAAGUGGCGCUGCGAUACUGCCUCGCGACGCUGUCCUGGGUCCUGACGACGCAAUGGUUCUUCGGCCCGGCACUCAUCGACCGGAGCUUCACCAUCACCGGAGGUCACUGUGAACCCCACAUCAUGAACACCAACGGCCUGAAGGAGGCCAUCGACAUGACCACCAUCUCCUCGGGCCCCGUGUGCAAGGCCGCCGGGGGUCGCUGGAGGGGUGGCCACGACAUCUCCGGCCACGUCUUCAUCCUCGUCCUCUCCUCGGCCCUGCUCCUCUACGAACUCUCCAUUUCCGAUCGCCACUCGUCACACCCCCACGUCUCCCCCAAGGCCGCGGCCGCGGUCGCCCACGACAUGACGGAAGAGGAACGCAAGGCUGUAGGGGGGUGGGAAUCCGAAACGGCGGCAAAACUACGGAUAUGGUCGCGAUAUUUGGUCUAUGGCGUCGUGGUGUUGGAUUUCUGGAUGCUGAUGAUGACCGCCAUCUGGUUCCACACGUGGCUGGAGAAGCUCAGCGGUCUGUUGAUCGCAGGUCUCACCCUGUACGGUCUCUAUUUCGUUGGGGAUCAUGUUCCGCAGUGGAGGCAGAUUGUCGGUGGGUUAUGAUGGUCACGAAUGAGUCAAGAGUCAAAGAGAAACAAAUGAUACAGACGACACGUUGUUUUCCCUCCUGUCUGCGGAGGAGUGAUAUUCUAAUUGACAAGACACGAGAAACUCGAACACAUAUCCAUCACGUUCAAUCAGUCAACGCACAUUUUGCAUGUGAUGUCUGUGUUGUAAGCCAGCGGUGUUGAUGAAUAUGAUGGAAUGAAUUUUCCAUUAACACGUAUUAUCCGUAUAUCCAACCCCAUGUAGAUUGUACAUAUCAAGAUCAUGACACAAUUCUCAUUUUCACAGUCUCACACCACAACAGGUAUUUUCGUUUCCCG